AUGUCCAGAGCAUUAUCUUCUAGUAGGGUGCUAAUUGGCACCGAAAUUAUACACGCAACAGUUAUAUUUUCGAUAGAAACAGGUAAAAUUCUACACAUUGCAAAUCGAGUACUUGCAUCUGACGAUCCGCUACUCCGUCUAUACAAUGUUUUACCCAUAGAUUAUCGUAAUGUAUCGCCGGCGGUUAUUAUGCCAGGUUUAGUAGAUUCUCACGUCCACCUUAACGAACCGGGUCGUACUGAAUGGGAAGGGUUUGCAACGGGAACAAAGGCAGCAGCCGCGGGAGGUGUAACAACAGUAGUUGACAUGCCAUUGAACGCUAUCCCGCCAACUACAACUGUGGCCAAUUUUAAUUUGAAAAUAAAUGCUGCUAGGAACCAAUGUUGGGUAGAUGUUGGAUUUUGGGGUGGUUUGAUCCCUAAUAAUUUACAAGAUCUUAUUCCCUUGAUAAGAAUGGGUGUACGGGGAUUUAAAGCAUUUAUGAUUGAAAGCGGUGUAGAGGAGUUCCCCGCAGUCACCCCAAAAACUAUCCAUGAGGCGAUGAAGAUUGUUCGGCACGAAAACACAUUAUUGAUGUUUCACGCUGAAAUGCAACCAACAACAGAAAACAGGGUCGAGUUCAGUUUAUCAGAUGAUGGGUCUACUUGCAACAGUCCAGUAGAGUUUUCACCGGUACCUGCCCACGAAGACGAGCUUUUGAUAAGCACGGAUUUCGAUCUAGGCAUGUCCUCUUCUUUCAUUGAUAGGGCACCAAUGCCAGUAGUCAAACUACUCAAAAAGGAUCCAGGAAAUCACCAUGAUGAACACGAAAACUGUUGUCUUCCUCAUAACCACGCGGGUUCCAUAAAUCACAGUGUAUUAAGUGAUGAACAAGCAAUGGCAUUGGCCCAUAACCCCAUACUUGCAGGUGCUGAACCAACUUUUGGAAAAAACGCAAUAAAAGUGAAUAAACACAGUCGAAAUGGAUCAACAGAGGAGUCUUUACAAUAUAGACUUCACCCAGAACGAUUUGGGUCUUCUUUCUUCAAUGAAGACAUAAAAAUCGAUACCCCAUUAACUCUAGCAACAAAAGCAGAGCCGUUUUUAACAAACAUCGAUGCCACAUCAUAUGCUGCAUUCCUUGCUUCGCGACCAGACAAUUUCGAAACAACUGCAAUUGCAGAGAUUAUCAAUUGCUCUACACUAAUCCCCACCGUACCACUUCACAUUGUACACUUGGCAACUCACGAAGCUGUUCCAUUGCUCAGGGCAGCAAAAGUAAAGGGACUUCCAAUUACAGCAGAAACUUGUUUCCAUUACUUGUCUCUUUGUGCCGAGAAAAUCGGCAACUGCUCUACUCAUUUCAAGUGCUGUCCACCAAUACGUACAGAUGACAAUAGAAAAUUGUUAUGGAAAGCGUUACGCAACGACAUUAUCACCACAAUCGUGAGCGACCAUUCCCCGUGCACGCCCGAUCUCAAGGGAUUAGAAAAGGGAGAUUUUUUCGAAGCUUGGGGCGGUAUAUCUAGUGUUGGACUUGGAUUACCAAUAUUGUUUACCGAGGGUCAAAAGCUCAAUCCGCCUAUUAGUCUUGUGGAAAUUAACAAAUGGUGUUCAUUAAAUACCGCAAAACAAGUAGGUUUGGAGAAUAGGAAAGGCGCCAUUAAAAUUGGGUAUGAUGCCGAUUUAUGUAUACUUGACACGGAAGCAACAUUCAAAAUUGAGAAUGACAAAACUUUUUUUAAGAAUAAAUUGACUGCUUAUGAUGGUAUGGAGUUUAAGGGGAGAGUAUUGGAAACUAUUGUCAGAGGUAAUUCAGUUUAUGCAUUUGGUAAGGGCCAUUCUGAUAUACCACUAGGAAACUUGUUACUAGAACCAAGGAAGAAAGGGGAGAUAUAA